UUUGCGUCCAAGGUGAGAGAGAGAGAGAGAGAGAGAGAGCUAGGGAGGAACGGAGUGACAGAGAAGGAGCUUCGGCCGCACGUCCACUCCUCCGCCCGUCGACGUCCCCAAGCCGAACAGGGAAACUAAUUCCAAUGUUGAGAUGGGUCACAUGGACCUCAGCGAGACCUGCACCACAGAAAACCGACAGCCAAAUUUUUGAAGAAUACCACAAAGAAAAAAGAAAAAGAGGAAAAAGAAGAGAAGAAGCAAACAAAGGAUGGGAUGAAGGGGAGACUGUGGAGGAUCAGAUAGUCAAAGGAGAGACAGAGGAGCGCAGUUCGUCGAAGGCCACAACCAUCAUCAGUUUUUAGCAAUAUGAUAAGAUUUAUGAUGUAUCCUUUUGCCCAUUUCUUUCCUUCCACAAUUCCCAGUCCUUCGCCCCACUCUCUCUGCCUCACGUCAUCUUCCAUCCCCCCUCCAAUCUCCAGUCUCCAAUCUCCAAUCCCAAUCUCAGCAUCUGCUCCUUUGCUUUCUGUAUUUAUUCGCUCCCUUACCCUUCUCUUUCUCUCUCUCUCUGAGUACACCAUUCUAAGCUUGCUCUUUGCUAUCAGCGCGAGCCUCUUUGAGUGGAAUUCAGGAUGCAGCCUGCUUCCAAGGCCAACCAACACACCACGAGAAUCUCCGCUCACCUUCACCCACCUAAUUUCCAGAUGGAGGAGAGCUUGGGGUUAAUGCAUGCGAAUUGCCAGGCAAAGGGCACAGCGCUAGGAUUCAAAGUUGCGAUCCUGGGAGCGGCUGGAGGGAUUGGGCAGCCUCUGGCAAUGUUGAUGAAGAUCAACCUGCUCAUCUCUGUUCUUCAUCUGUAUGAUGUUGUGAAUACUCCUGGCAUCACCGCUGAUAUCAGCCACAUGGACACCGGUGCAGUGGUCCGCGGAUUUCUGGGACAGCAACAGCUGGAGGAAGCCCUUGUUGGAAUGGACCUUGUCAUCAUCCCUGCUGGAGUUCCUAGGAAACCGGGAAUGACAAGAGAUGACCUGUUCAACAUAAAUGCCGGAAUCGCCAGAACCCUUUGUGAGGGAAUUGUCAAAUCUUGCCUGAAAGCUAUUGUUAACCUGAUUAGCAACCCUGUUAAUUCCACUGUUCCCAUUGCAGCUGAAGUUUUCAAGAGAGCUGGCACUUAUGAUCCAAAGAGACUGUUGGGUGUGACCAUGCUCAAUGUAGUUAGAGCAAAUACCUUUGUGGCAGAAGUACUGGGUCUUGAUCCUAGAGAAGUCGAUGUUCCAGUUGUUGGGGGUCAUGCAGGAAUGAUGAUUUUACCUCUUUUAUCUCAGGUUAAACCACUUUGUUCUUUCACUCCUCCAGAAAUUGAGUACCUGACAUCACGCAUCCAAAAUGGCGGGACAGAAGUUGUUGAGGCACAUGCUGCUGUGAAGUUUGCCAAUGCGUGCCUGUGUAUGUUGAGGGGCGAUGCUGGUAAUUUUGAGUAUGCAUUUGUUGCUUCUCAGGUGACUGAGCUUCUGUUCUUUGCAUCCAAAGUGCGCCUUGGUCAUACUGGGGCUGAGGAGGUUCUGCUUCUUGGCCCAUUGAAUGAGUACGAAGGAGCAGGCUUGGAAAAGGCAAAGAAAGAGUUAGCAGAGAGCAUUCGGAAGGGCGUUUCAUUUAUCAAGAAGUGAGCGGGUUAAAGACGUUUCUUUUUGGAAUGAAAGAGAUGGCCUCUUCAUAGUUUCCAGUUAUUUUCUACUUGGUUGUUGGGAAUAACUGGUUCAGACCUGGGAAGUUAUCGAAGUUCAUUCUGCAUAGCUGACGUAGGAAAAACACAGGUUUUUCUUUUCUUGAAUGUAACGUACUCAAAUGGUAAUUUGUGUAAUAACGAAGUGGACGGAUGUUUGUAUAUUAUAGUUCUAUGUCCAUCUUUCUCGCC